AUGGCCUCCUCUGGUUCAGCUCCGAUUGGACUCCGCUUCGGUGCAGAACUCGAAGUCCUGACCGGUAGCAAAGCCAACGAACUUAGUAAAGAGCUUAGUGGUGCUCAAGUGAAAAACCAUGUGAACUCUGAUCAUAACAAAGACGCAGAGGACUACUCGGAAUGGUCUAUCAUUCAGGAAGUCACGAUCACGAACCAGAUGAUGCAAAACAAAUGGAGCUGGACCCUUUCACAAGUCAAGAGACUUGCAAAGGCAGUGCUCUACUACGAGAGGUCUAUCGAUACUCUUCUGCCACAGGAACGCCGCCAAAAUAUCUGGGCUCAAAGUAACCGCCACAACACCAUCACAAAGCCUCAGGACGUAGCCACGCUGUUCACAUGGAUAGAUGGGGCAAAAGAUAUCCCUUACAUUGCCCUCAUCAUGUGCGCUUUCUCGAAGGAUUCCCAAUAUGGGCGAGACGUGGGAAAAACCCAAGACUUCGUACACAAUGUUUUCCGAUGGAACUUCAUGCCGCUCACAAAAGGCUCGAUGGGAACCAUCGAAUUUCGCCAACCACCUGGAUCUUCCAACGCGGUCGCUACCAAGCUUUGGGUCACGUUUGCUGCCUCGUUCAUUCAAGGGGCAAUAUUGUAUGCAGACAAUCUGAACGGAACUCAGCCACCGACUCUGGAGGGCUUCAGAAGCCUCUUAAUCAAUGGCGCGAUCCAGUCAGGGGUCGCUGACUAUAGUGCCCUCAACCAGCUCUUCGAAGGCAAGACUCAGCUUCCUGCAGGAGCGUACAACUUGGAGGGGCUUUCUUCACAAGACCUUGCAAAAUUGAAAGUCAAGGCUGCGCAAAGCAACAUUACAGUCGAGAAGUUCAAGAAGCUCUAUGGGUAUAGGUAG